UCCGUCCCCUGGCUAAGUGAAGCGCUCACACACCUUCUCCGAGAUCGUAACGCACGAGAGCAGAGAGGAGUGACAGGUGACAGCAAGUGUGAGAGCGUGAGGGAUUAGACAGACUGUGUGGAUAAGACAGAAGACAGCAGCUAUCUCUUUCAUAUCCAGAGACUGAGGACUAAAGACCGUUACCCAAGAUGAAGCUGACGCUCCCCAACCCGGGUCUGGAGAAGAGGAUCCCAUCCCAUGCCGACCUGGACAGGAUGGAGGUGGAGGAGGCAGACAGCAGGCCCAAAUGGGACAACAAGACCCAGUACAUGCUCACCUGCGUGGGGUUCUGUGUCGGGCUCGGAAACGUCUGGCGCUUCCCUUAUCUGUGCCAGAGCCAUGGAGGAGGUGCGUUCAUGAUCCCCUUCCUCAUCCUGCUGGUUCUGGAGGGGAUCCCUCUGCUGCACCUGGAGUUCGCCAUCGGCCAGAGGCUCAGGAGUGGCAGCGUGGGCGUGUGGGGGUCCAUCAGCCCCUACCUGAAAGGAGUCGGCAUUGCAUCUAUGUUGGUCUCUUUCGUGGUGGGCAUGUACUACAACACCAUCAUGGCCUGGGUCAUGUGGUACUUCUUCAACUCCUUUCAGGAGCCGCUGCCGUGGAGCCAGUGUCCCCUCAAUGAAAACAAGACAGGGUAUAUAUCGGAGUGUGCUCGAAGCUCCCCUGUGGACUACUUCUGGUACAGAGAGACCCUGAACGCGACAACUGCCAUUGACGAGUCUGGGGGUAUUCAGUGGUGGAUGAUCCUGUCACUCGUGUGUGCUUGGGUUGUCCUCUACGUCGCAGCAAUCAGAGGCAUUGAGACAACAGGAAAGGCUGUCUACAUUACCUCCACCCUGCCAUACAUUGUUCUCACUAUCUUCCUGAUAAGAGGAUUGACUCUCAAAGGAUCUGUGAAUGGCAUAAAGUUCCUGUUUACUCCAGAUGUGAACGAGUUGAUAAAUCCGUCCACGUGGUUGGACGCGGGGGCUCAGGUGCUAUUUUCCUUCUCGCUGGCCUUCGGCGGCCUCAUUUCCUUCUCCAGCUACAAUUCCGUCCACAACAACUGUGAGCAGGAUGCGGUGACAAUCUCCAUAAUCAACGGGCUCACCUCUGUCUACUCAGCAACGGUCAUCUACUCCAUCAUUGGCUUCAGAGCCACCGAGAAAUUUGAUGAGUGCUUGAGUGGGAACAUUCUGACACUCAUGAACACUUUUGACGUUCCUGAAGGCAAUAUCACCGAGAAUAACUACGCUGAUAUGCUGAAUCAUUUCAACCUCACCUCCCCGAAUAUCAUUUCAGAGCUAAACCUCAAAAGCUGCAACUUGGACGAUUUUCUAAGCCAGGGUGUGGAGGGCACGGGUCUGGCCUUCAUCGUGUUCACGGAGGCCAUUACGAAGAUGCCGGUGGCCCCGAUGUGGUCUAUCCUGUUCUUCAUCAUGCUCUUCUGCCUCGGACUGUCCACCAUGUUUGGCAACAUCGAAGGGUGUGUGGUGCCGCUGCAGGAUCUCAACAUCCUCCCACGGACAUGGCCAAAGGAGGUGUUCACAGGCCUGACGUGUCUGGUGUCGUGCCUCAUUGCCCUCAUAUUUGCGCAGGGCUCCGGCAGCUACUGGCUAGCUCUGUUUGAUGGCUUUGCCGGCUCCAUCCCCCUCCUGGUCAUCGCCCUGUGCGAGUUGAUUGCCGUGUCGUACAUCUACGGCAUAGACAGGUUUAAUAAGGACAUCGAGUUCAUGAUCGGUCACAAGCCCAACAUCUUCUGGCAAGUGACCUGGAGGUUUCUGAGCCCCCUCAUCAUCCUGGUCAUCCUGGUGUUCUAUUUCGUCACCAUAGUGUCCAAACCACUCAAAUACAUUGUCUGGGAUCCCGAGUCGGCGGUUUUCCCAAAUCUGGCAGAAGUGAGUUAUCCAGACUGGAUUAACGUCAUCAUCUUCAUUCUCGCUGGCAUCCCUAGCUUGGCUAUUCCCUUUACAGCCGUGUUCAUGUUUAUGUGCAAUCGCAACAAGUCGAAUCACGACACAGAGUCUAUCAGCACGAUAUCUGACAAAGUGCAAAUGACAGUGAAGAUGUCAAACUAAUCAUUGGUGUUCAGUGAGAUGAAACAAUGUAUAAAAAAAAUACCAGAAUGAAGCUAGAAUAAUUCAACAAUGCUUUAUUUAAAUAUAAUUACAGUCAAAAAACAUAUCCAUUACUGGUUUGAAUUUGUUAGCAGUGGCACAGUGCCUUGCAUUAGUAGAAAUUUUGUAAAACUGUUUUGUAAAAAGUGUGGACCAAACUGUGUUCAAAACCUCCUGCAAUCCUGUGCCAUAAAGCAGCUUGACACUCCUGCAAAAAAUCGCACUUUGUCCAUAAAUGUAUACUGAGAUCUAGGGCUGCAACUAAUGACUAUUUUCAGUCAAAGAAGUCUUAAUAGGAUGAUGCAAUGAAUAUCCCAUAUCAACUGCAAAUAUUCAACUUUAAUGCAUAUUUUCAACUCAAGAAACUGAGGUAUCUUCCUUAAAAUUGACUUAGACCGAUUAACUAAUUACCAAAAAUGCAGUAGUUACAGAAUAAUUUCAAAGUUGACUACUUAAUGAGUAAUUUAUUCAUUGUUGCAGCCCUAGUGAGUGUUAUAGAAUGUUUUUGAACAAAACCUGUAUGUCUGUACUGUUUUUCAAGUGUGUUUGUGAGUGUGUUUUAUGUGAAAAUAUCAGUAGACCACAGUUUUGAAAGUUACGGUAAAAGUUUAUUUAUGUUAGAUACAUGUAUAUCGAAUGUCUGUUUGCCUGGGUAUGUUAGAAUUGCUGCUUUUACAAUUGUUUUAUAACACAAAGAUCUAAAUGUCAAUAUUGUACCACAAUAAAACAUUAACAAAGUUA